AAAAUGUCGCAUUCUGUUUUGGUAUCAUCGCGAAAUAAAGGAAAUCAAUUUUCAUAAUUAUCGAUGAUUUUAGUAUCACAUUCUCGGUGUCUUACUAAUAUAUACGGGGUAUUUUUUAACUUUUAUCCGCAACUAUGAAUACCACAGCUCCAACGUCCGCUGAUGCUUGCCUCAGUAUUGUCCAUUCACUUAUGUGCCAUAGACAAGGUGGUGAGAGUGAAGGCUUCUCAAAACGUGCCAUAGAGUCUCUUGUUAAGAAACUGAAAGAGAAGAGAGAUGAAUUAGAUUCACUUAUAACUGCUAUCACCACAAAUGGAGCACAUCCUAGCAAAUGUGUUACUAUACAGAGGACUUUGGAUGGACGUUUGCAGGUUGCGGGCCGUAAAGGAUUUCCCCAUGUGAUUUAUGCAAGAAUUUGGCGUUGGCCAGAUCUUCACAAGAAUGAACUGAAACAUGUUAAAUUUUGUCAAUUUGCUUUUGAUCUUAAAUGUGACUCAGUUUGUGUCAACCCUUACCACUAUGAGAGAGUGGUGUCACCUGGAAUUGAUCUCUCUGGUCUUACACUACAGUCUGGACCUAGUAGGUUAGUGAAAGAUGAAUACACAGCAGGUCUCAGCGGCAAUGGGAUGGACAUGGACACCGGGGAGCUGGUGACCAUUCAGCAUCAUGCAACAAGCCCCAGACACCAUCACACAUCAAUGCCUCACCAUCAUCAGCAAUUCCAGACCACAAAUAUAAUUCUCAAUCAAGGCCAAACCCCAGAGGGCGUUCCGAACAUGUUUUCACCGCACGGACCGAGACCACCUAUCAGACCAUCCGGCGGUCCUCCACAACUCACACAAAUGGUUCACUCCCCGAGUGCACAGCAAAUGAUGAAUCAUCAAGUUCAAAUGCAAGGCAACCCACAAAUGGGACCGGGGACACCACAGAUGGGACCUGGAACACCUCAGAUGGGACCAGGUACACCCCAGAUGGGACCCGGUACGCCCCAAAUGGGUCCCGGUACACCUCAAAUGGGUCCCGGGACACCACAAAUGGGAACAAACGUUCCGCAAAUGGCAUCACCUCGAAUGGCCUCUGCUCCCACUCAGAUGUCCCCGGGGACGCCGCAGAUGCCGAACAUAAGUCAAGGAAUGUCUAUACCGAGUCCCCAGCAAAUGGUAAUGGGUCAACAAAGAGCAAUAGCGCCUAAAUUGGAGCCUCCCGACACAAUGGACGCGCGCGCGAUGUGGCUGCCUAAGAGAAUGAAUCAUUCCACCAUGCCAGUUAGUAUGUCCCCAGGGGCUACUACGCCGCUUAUCGAUGGGACUACCACUACUUUCUUCACUAAUGAACAGACUUCAGCUGACACCCAAAUGACACAAACAAUGCCAGUAGGCACAGUGUCAGUCCCGGCGGUGUCGUCGGUGGGCGCGGUGGGCGCGGUGGGGGUGCAGACGCCUACCGCGGAGAACCAGCAGAACGGCUUCACCAGUGCCACCAGCCCUCCGCCGCAGCCCAGCCCCAUACCACACCGCACACAGAAUCAGCACCAGCAAGGUACAUGGACAGGCAACAAUACGCUAACAUACACGCAGAGCUUGGCCCCGCCCCCGGCCGCCCCGCCCGUGCCGGUCGACGCCCCGCCUCACCAUCAUCAUUACUAUAAUGGAAAUCCUGGUGGUCUACUGUCCAGUCAGCCAGCUCCGGAAUACUGGUGUUCGGUGGCUUAUUUCGAAUUGGAUACGCAAGUCGGAGAAACCUUCAAGGUCCCAUCAAGUAGACCUAAUGUUACUGUGGACGGAUAUGUGGACCCGUCCGGUGGGAACAGAUUCUGUCUCGGCGCUCUAAGUAAUGUACAUAGAACGGAACAAAGUGAGAGAGCGAGACUGCACAUCGGCAAGGGCGUGCAGCUGGACCUGCGCGGCGAGGGCGACGUGUGGCUGCGCUGCCUGUCGGACCACUCGGUGUUUGUGCAGUCGUACUACCUGGACCGCGAGGCGGGCCGCGCGCCCGGCGACGCCGUGCACAAGAUAUACCCCUCCGCUUGCAUUAAGGUGUUCGAUCUACGGCAGUGUCACAGGCAGAUGCAGACGCAGGCGGCGACCGCGCAGGCCGCGGCCGCGGCGCAGGCGGCCGCCGUCGCCGGGCACAUACAGCCUGCGCACCCCGGCAUGAACAAGUGUUUAACGGCGGCGGCUGGUAUCGGCGUGGAUGAUUUAAGACGACUGUGUAUCGUGCGGCUGUCGUUCGUCAAAGGCUGGGGCCCGGACUACCCCCGCACCUCCAUCAAGGAGACCCCCUGUUGGGUUGAAGUACAUCUACAUAGAGCACUCCAACUGCUCGACGAAGUUCUCCACACGAUGCCCAUCGACGGUCCCCGGACGAACAUCGAGUAGGAGUUGAUCGGCUUCUUUUGAGGCCUUCGAGCGACACUCGGCGUGUCGCCACUUACGGCGAGCGACGCCCGGCGUGCGACUAGUCGCGUCAUCAGAUGUCCAACUACUCGCACUGAGUUGCGACUUGUGACUAGUUGUGAUUAGUUAUGAUCGGUGAUCAGUCGUGAUUUGUGACCAGUCAUGAUUGGUGUCCGGUUGUGAUUUGUGACCAGUCAUGAUUGGUGUCCAGUUGUGAUUAGAACAGUGAUCGGGUGUCGAUAGUCGUAGUUAUACGUCUUAAGGCCAGUCACGAGAAUGCGACUCGUGACUAGUCGCAGUGAAUUUGCGACCCGCAGUUUGUCGCCCCGACGCGCGCCGCUUUUAUAUUAUUGUGCAAACCACCACUCAAAUGUUAGUGAACCCAACUUAUAUGUAAAUAGGUAAGUGAUAUUUUUAUUACUGAGGUAAAAUUGUAUGGUACAAAUAUUAUUCGCUUCAAAUUAGAGAUUAGAUCUUUUUUACAAAGUAGCCCUUCUUGAAAAAUUCAAAUUUGAUUUAACAAAUAUGAAAUUUAACGUAAUUAACAGAAUCAUUGUUCAAAGCAGGUACAAAUAAAAAUUAUAUAGAAAUACAAAUAUAUAAAGCGAUUCAGAUAAAUGAAUUAUGAAUUCAAACCAUUAGGAUUAGAUUAUAAAGGGUGUGCGAGAAAUAUUGUUAUGGAUUAAUAAUAAGGAUAUGAAUAUUUGAGUGGUGGUUUUUGUACAAUAAGAAAAAUGUGCAAGUUUGUUUUGCGAGUUGUGCGGUGCUGUGAAGUGUACAUGAAUUGUUAUUGGAUUGUGAUAUACGGUGGGAUGCCAUAGCGAAUGCAUUUAAAAGGUUAGUUACUAUUAUUUUUAUAUUUUCGUUAUAAAUAGCCAGAAAAGGCAACUUGUUGCAUGUCAACUGAUGACUAUAAAUUAUUAAUUUUUUAUUUUACAUGUAUUUGGAUGACACUUUCAAAGUGACAGAAAAGCCUUUAUAAUUGUAAAUUAAAAAGAAAUUUAACUUAGUAUGUUAAAACUACUAAAGUUGACUUAUUUCCAUUGUUUUGAUGUUUCGGUCUGUCUUCCAAAAUUAUAAUUUUAAUUUCCGUUGGUUGGGAUUGUUUGUGAAGGGAAAGGAUUGUUUUUGUAUUGUAAAUAGGAACAAACAUUGCACAUUGAAUAAAGCGUUUUGCUCGCGUUUGUACUAAAAGGUGAACUAUUAAUUUAUGUCUUGUAUUUAUUUAUAAUAUUUAAGCGUAUUGUCGCCCGCAUGUCGAAUUAAAUAGAUCUUGUUAAGCUCGAUUUGUCAUGCGAACGACUUACGAUAAAGAAUAAGUUAAUUCUGUUCAACAUGAGAUUUUAUUUAAUUUAAAAAUGUUGCAAAUUUAUGAAUUUUCGGAUAAAUUAUUAUUUUGUGUAACACUAAAUAUAUCCAAAAGACACAAACUAAUGAAGUAAAAUGCUAUCUAAUCUUAUUGCUGCCAUUAUUAUCUUUUUACAGAAAUUUUAAGGUAAAAGUCCCAAUUAUGGACCGGGUAAAACUGAAAUGUGUUCCUGAACACCAAAUACAAUUUUGGAAUGCAAUUUGAGUUGUUUUUUAUUUAAAUCAAAUCUCAUGUUAUAUAUAAGAGCAGACACAUAGAUAUUUAUAACCAGUAUUGACUUGAAGAAACUAAAGAACAUGGAGAGAUCUCAGUUAUUGUAAUACAAAACCUAAAUGAAUUAAUUUAACAAUUAUGUAAGAUAUUAGCUAUACAUAUAGACAGAUGGACAAACUAUUAUUGCUCAACCGAGUGUAGAGGUAGUUGUGACCACAUUUUUAUACAAAUAGAAUAUACGGUUUUUAGUAACAGCUGUACCAAAAUAAGGCAUUUUUUACAUAGAUUAAAUAUAACAAGACAUAAUUAUGGUUCAACUUGAAAGAAGCCAAAUUGGAAUUAGCUUUUGAUAUAGUUUUAAGAUGAGAUAUUGUGUUAUGUAGGUUUUUUAAGGUGAUAAAUAUAUGAUAGUUGUAAAUUAUUUGUAUACUUGAUAUGCAGUGCGAGAUGCUAGUUGGUGGCUGAUUUGACUGGAUUUGUGGGUUAAAUACACAUAUUGCAUUUAUGAUAAACUAAUUACAAGAAUUUAAAAAAGAUUUGUAACAAAAAAACCUAUUAAAAUCAUUCACCAACAAUAUUUAUAAUUGUACAUUCAUUCACUCAUUCAUUUAUCCUCAUUCACAUGUAGUGUUAUUUCAUUCACUUAUUUAAACUAGUAACUACAAUUAAUAUGUGUCUAAAAUGAAGUAUUAUAUUUAUUUUUUAAGUUUAAAAAUAGAAUGUUUGUUACUUUAAAUGUUAUCACUUCAAAAUUUCAUUUUAAAUACCUUUUUUAUAGAAACAGGUUGAUUUUAAGGCGUUGAAAAAUCUGGCUAUUGUCGAUUUAUUAUUUAUUUGAUAAUGAAAUAAAUGCAGUAUGUGUAAUAGUUUGGCCUCGUCGAAAUCGCGUGAAUCAUAUCGUUUUACCUGCUGUCGGGAUGAAUUCUCCGCGAGUUUGAAGUAUGACUCAAGUUUUUAUUACCUUAUAGAUUUGAACCUUUACUUAUUCGAUCUGAGCAAACUAGUAGUAAAGAUUUUGUUUCAAAUUUGUUUUACAUUGAACUUCAUUAAAUUUUAUAGUCAAUACUUUUACCUCAGUUUUUAUUUGUUAUUUUUCUAUACUAAUCACAUCUUAAUCGAUAUGUAAUGCAAGAUUUCUAUUUUAAAUAUCUGAUUCAAUAAGAUUUUGACGGAAGGUAACUAAUUUAAUGUAUCCUGUUUGUGGUAGUUUUAUUUUUAUUGCAUCAAGUGAGUAAUCCGACUGUCGUCAUGACUUCGGUUAUUUUAAAAAUCAUAAUUGGUAUUUACAUUUAAAAUCUUAGUUGUUUAUUUUUUGUCUAUUUCUUUAUCUGUGUGUGAAAAAUGUAACUUUUGGAAUGUUUUGAUUCAUGCGGUUUCGUUUGGUAUUGAUCUGUGAUGUGCUAACAAGUUUUCGGACACCAGUUAGAUGGAUGGCCACAGGUGGACAGAUUUUACAAGUGAAUGUCGUAGGGAGGUAGUUUUAGAACAAAUGACAUAUUUUGUGUACGAAAACGUAUAAUGCUAAGUAUUAGCGUGUUUUUAGUAAUAUUAAAUAUUUGAGAUUUUUUUCUUCAUUGAUUUUUGUUUGCUUAAGUAUUGCUUUAAUUAUUAUUAUACUGCAGAUUUAUGUUUUGAAUGAUUAUUAUUUGUUAGUUGGAGUUCGCACACGAGAUGUGGUUUCUGUCGUAGUCUUAAUAGAUAAGACAGCUUUGGUAGAACUGUGAGACUAUUUGUCACCGAUCGAUUGUGAAUCGAACGUUUCGUAAAAUGACUGAGUUCAUAAAUGAUCAGCGACAGUAAUCGCAGGAUGCAGAGCUCUUGCUAUUUUUUUACCAAGUCUCCUGUGCGAAGGCUCUUUGUGUUUCCGAUUUAUUUUAUUGAUUGAUUAUUUUAUUAUGAAUAUUAGGUGGGCUUUGUCCACAUUACGAGCUUCGAAGAAUGACAAAGUAGUGUUAUAUUUUUACUAUAUCGUAUAAAUUAUUUCACAUGCCGUGUGUUUUGAAAUUUUCAUAGCAAUAAUUAAUUUUAACUGUCAUUAUUCGAUUUGCAAUCAUCACAAUUCCCAUUAAUUUGUUCAUGUAGCUUUUUUAAUUUGUUCGUUACCAAUGUAUUUAAUAUUCGAACAGUGCAAGUCUUGUAAAUAGUACAAUAUAAAAAAUAUUUUGUAUGAACGAUAUGGGCGUCUGAAUCGGUACUUAGGUAUAUUCUUACAAUGGAUUUCAUUUUUCGGAAUAAAAAAUAACGUUUAUCGAAAAUACCUCUUUAUAGUGAUCAAAAGGAAUCAAAAGGGUUUUUAGAUAUUAAUAAGUGGUAAGUUUUUUCUUAUAAUGUUGAAGUUUGAAAAUGAUAUUUGUGAAAUUCUACCAGCCGCCGUUAAUAUUUUACUGCCCUACUGUUUGAAUGUUCGUAAGACACUGCACUUGCGGUUAUUAGACAUGUUGAAAAUUAAAAAACAAAACUAUAUUAAAUGUAAAAAGUACAUGUAGUUUUUAUAAGUAUCAAGAUGUAAAUUGUGUAUUUUUCAAACCUAGAUACCCGGCUCCUAAAACACCUACCAAAUUAUUUUUUUACUUAUUCAAAAUGUUAAAUAAAUGGCUAUGAGUAAAAGAAGAUAACCCUAUCAAUGUGUCUUGAUCAUUUUUAUAGUAUUUUUUCAUCCUUAGCAGUUUAAACGAUUUUUUUUAAUGAAAUGAUAUUUUGGUCCUUCGGAGCCGGAUGUCAUCCUCUAUACCUGAACAUUUGACCAAUACAUAACCAUGUAAAUUUGUGAUUGUUUUCUGUCUAUUUUUGAAAUGCGAAUCGUAUUAUUCGAAUGAAAAUCGAAACAGUUCUAUUACGUUUUUUGUUGUCUGUGAAGUGACUUGACUUUGGAUACCGCACACGGUGUAAUGUAGCCUUAAGAGCAUAGUUAAGAGUGAAACUAUGAAACAGAAAUGAAUAUAAAGGUUAUUCCUCUA